UCGACCUUAAAAACAAUGGGACUGCAUCCCUCUAAAGGCCCAUCAGAGGCUCGGAUUCUAAUGCUCGGCCUUGAUGGAUCUGGCAAGUCCACCCUGCUGUACAAGCUAAAAUACAACGAGUCUGUGGUGACCGUUCCCACGGUGGGCUUUAAUGUGGAGACGUUGGAGACCAAAGACCAGCACUGUUUGCUGACCGUCUGGGACGUAGGAGGGCAGCAUCAGAUGAGGACACACUGGAAGCAUUACUACGAUGACACAGCUGGUCUGGUCUUUGUGGUUGAUAGCAAGGAUGAGAAUCGAAUAGUGGAGGCCAAAAAGGAACUGGUGAGGAUCUUGGGAAAUGAAAGUCUGAAAGGCCUUCCAUUGAUUGUGCUCGCUAACAAACAGGACUUGCCAGGGGCUGCGAGCUGUGAAGACAUUGCAGAGGUCUUAAACUUAAAUAAGAUUUGUGCCAACAGACACUGGUGUCUCCAGCCGUGUUCGGCAAGAACUGGAGCAGGUCUGGAGGAAUGCUUCCGCAGGAUGAUCUACUUGCUUAAAACGGCAAGCGACAACCUCCUGGACAUCAUAUCCCUAAAAGACUAUGUUAAAUCAUUUAAGCACAGUAUGAAAUAAUAGCUUCUAUUUUCUAUGUUCUCCAUUUUAUGUCUAAACAUGGAAUAUUCAAAGCAAUGUCUUCUGUUUUUGGCUUAUGGAUUUUGCUUGACAA